UUUCCGGUUCCGGGUCUUAAGACAGAAACGUCGUGCGAACGGCGCGGCUAAACAGAAAGUUUCAGAUAAAACCUGGCAAUUUGAAUGUUUUGCAGCUCUAAGAUUUGAUCGAGUUCGUUUGGGUUUUAUAGGAAACGCGGACUAAAAAUACGUGAAGACAUACUUGAGAGGAUUGGAGGAUGUCUCUACCAAAGCGGGAGGUGGAGGAGUUAAGACCAUGGGUGGAGCGCACUGUGAAGAAGGUGCUGGGUUUCUCAGAGCCCACUGUGGUCACUGCUGCCUUACACUGUGUGGGGAAGGGAUUGGAUAAAAGGAAGACCACAGAUCAGCUGCGUCCUUUCCUCGAUGACUCUGCUGGAGGUUUUGUGGAGCGUCUUUUUGAAGCUCUUGAGGAGAGCCGCAGUGCCCGCGGCAACAAAGGCGCAGGAGACAAGAACCGCAAGAGAGAGCUAAAGGAGGUCUUUGGAGAUGAAGCUGACACAGGAGCAGUGCGAGAAGCCCCUGAGACUGGAGAUGGAACAACAGCAAAGCGUAAACGCGUCCCUCGCUUUGUGGAGGUGGAGGAGCCCGAGGUGAUACCUGGGCCUCCAUCCGAAAGCCCUGGCAUGCUUACCAAAAUGCAGAUAAAACAAAUGAUGGAAGCAGCCACAAAGCAGAUAGAAGAAAGGAAGAAACAGCUGAGUUUUGGCUCAUCAGUCUCUUCUGCAACAUCUCAGCUAGAUGGCCAAUCGAUGUCACGGCUUCUUGGCGCUUCUGCCGCUGGAGGUGCUGGUGGUUCUUCAUCCAUCGCCCCCUCCCAGGCUGCUAGCUUUAUGAACGAUGCAAUUGAGAAGGCUCGUAAGGCAGCUGAGCUCCAAGCCCGCAUCCAGUCUCAGUUAGCCAUGAAGCCUGGUAUCCUUGGAACCUUAGGGAGCACUGGGCCCCACAAUCUAGUUGCACUUGCAAAUCUACAUGCCAUGGGAAUUGCUCCACCGAAAGUAGAAGUUAAAGAGGUGAAUAAGCCCACACCUCUUAUUCUGGAUGAGAAGGGAAGAACUGUAGAUGCUACUGGCAAAGAGGUUGAACUCACACAUCGUAUGCCCACACUCAAAGCUAACAUACGAGCAGUAAAGAGGGAGCAGUUCCGUCAGCAGUUAAAGGAAAAGCCUGGGGAUGACUUGGAGUCCACAUCCUAUUUUGACCAACGUGUGCCUAUUGCUCCAGCUCAGCGCGCUCGAAGGAGCUUUAGAUUCCAUGAGCAGGGGCGUUUUGAAAAGAUCGCUCAGAGAGUUAGAACUAAGGCCCAGCUGGAACGACUGCAGAAUGAGAUUGCUCAGGCAGCAAAGAAGACAGGAAUCCAGGCAUCCACUAAGUUAGCAUUGAUAGCUCCUAAAAAAGAGAUUGGAGAAGGGGAGGUGCCCAGUAUUGAAUGGUGGGAUUCUUACGUCUGGCCUUCAAAUAUAGCUAUAGCUCCAGAUUCAACAUUUGACAACAUGGAUUUUUUUGGCAUAACCAGCCUGGUAGAGCAUCCUGCCCAAAUGAGACCUCCUGUUGACACAGACAAACCAGUAACGCUGGGCGUAUACUUGACAAAGAAAGAACAGAAGAAGCUGAGAAGACAAACACGGAGGGAGGGACAAAAAGAAGUGCAGGAGAAGGUCCGUCUGGGACUGAUGCCUCCACCAGAACCUAAAGUCCGCAUCUCCAACCUGAUGAGAGUCUUGGGGACGGAGGCUGUUCAGGAUCCCACAAAAGUAGAGGCCCAUGUGAGAGCACAAAUGGCCAAAAGACAAAAAGCUCAUGAGGAGGCCAAUGCAGCUCGCAAACUCACAGCAGAGCAGAGAAAAGAAAAGAAGGUCAAGAAAUUAAAAGAAGACCUCACGAAUGGCGUUCACGUUGCAGUGUACAGGAUCCGUAACCUGCAAAAUCCUGCAAAGAAGUUUAAAGUGGAGGCCAAUGCCAGCCAGCUGUACCUGACGGGCACAGUAGUUCUGCACAAAGAUGUCAAUCUUGUUGUUGUAGAAGGAGGUCCUAAAUCCCAGAAAAAGUUCAAGAGACUGAUGAUGCACAGAAUCAAAUGGGAGGAGCACAACAGUAAAAGAGAUGAUCCAGAUGGUGAUGACGAUACAAAGAGGAACAACAAGUGUUGGUUGAUUUGGGAUGGAACUGCGAAGGAGCGUAGUUUUGGGGAGAUUAAGUUCAAGCAGUGCCCCACAGAGAGCAUGGCUCGAGAACACUUCAAAAAACAUGGGACAGAACACUACUGGGACCUUGCUCUUAGCCAGAGUGUGUUGGACGGCACAGAUGACUGAAGCCUUCCUGUGGAACACCUUUUCAGUUUGACUUCUACCUUCAAGCCUGCAGAUCCACUGCCUCACAACCAGCCGCCCCUUAUUACUGACUGCUGGGAAAGGGGUGGGGGUCUCUGGCUUAAUUAAGACACUUGACAAUAGAAAUGGAGGAACAGCCUGUGUGGCUGGUUCAAUGAGAAGUGUGUGUAUAGGGCAGCAUGUGCUUUUAUGUCUGCAUCAGUGUUAAUUUCUUUGGUGAUAGGCUAUUCUGUCUUAAUUUUUUGUAGACAGAUUGAACUGUGUGACAUAUAUCACUCACCCAAAGCAGAUGUCAAGAUAAUAAAAUGUUAGAUUAUCCUAUGACUGACGUUUUGUUAUUAAAAUCCCUAUCUUCACACAUAGUCCUGCUCAAGUUAAACAGUGAAUAAACUGCACAGCCACUGUGCUACACAUUUAGAGAAAAUCUAGAUGGAUACCUGAUAAUGUGGACUCUAGAUGCAUUUAAGUCCAAGUCCCCAAAUGCGUUCAGAAGAAAACACAGUUUUGGACUCGGUUGUAGCUAUCUUUCACUGUAACGGUACAGUCACCGCCUUAAAUAAACUAAAUCUAACCAA